UGAAUGAAGUUUAAUUAGACUAAGAGAGCUAUAAUAAAAACAUUUAUUAAUGGCAAUGUAUCUUAUGAUUCCAAUUAAAGCAAAACCAAUAUUCGUGCGUGAAAUUAUUUUGAAAAUUCAAGAAUACACACAGAAUUUAGCUUAAAAUAUGAGUCGAAAACUUGUAUCGCAGUAUGCCGUUUACAGGAAAAAACUUGUAACUAUUGGUGAUGGUGGAUGUGGUAAAACAUGUCUUCUGUCAGUAUUUAGUAAAGACUUUUUCCCAGAUGCGUAUAUUCCAACUGUCUUUGAAAAUUAUGUUUCUGAACUCGAAGUAGAUAACAAAAAGGUUGAAUUGUCAUUGUGGGACACAGCUGGUCAAGAGGAUUACGAUAAAUUGAGACCUUUAUCUUAUCCCGACACCGAUGUCAUUCUCAUCUGCUUUGGCAUUGAUAAUUUUGUUAGUUUGGAGAAUACCCAUAACAAAUGGUAUCCAGAAAUCAGACAUUUUUGUCCACAUGUCCCAAUAAUUUUAGUUGGCAACAAGUUAGAUCUCAGAAAUGGAGUACAUUAUAAUACUGGUGAUAUGGCAACUAUUUUUGAACAAGUGAGUUUUGAUCAAGGUUUUGAGGUAGCUGAAAAAAUACAAGCGUAUGGUUACGUGGAAUGCUCGGCUAAAACAAAAGAAGGUGUAAGAGAUGUUUUUGAAUUUGCUGCAAGGGCUACGCUUGAUAUGAAGGAGAAAAAGAAAACCUCUUGCUCUUUGUUAUAAAGUUUUAAAAAAACAAUUGUUCAAACCUGUCUUAGAAAUGUGACAAUUCGUUAUUUUUGUUCAAAAUUCACAUGAAGUUAUAUUCAGCGUUAUUUUAUUCUCCGUAAUAGUAUCAAUUCCAAGUAACUGAAGUGAAACGAUUUCUUUGAAAUGCAAACACUUCACUUGAUUCAUAAAAUAUGAAAGUGAAAACGUCAAUAUUUUCGAGCGCUCAAGAAUAGACUCCCAUUCUGAAGAUUCAUCAGGCGUGAAACAUCUGGUUAUACCAUUCUCCAAACUCACUAAAUGUAAAUUUAGUAGUAAGUCUUGAAAAUGGUUGCAUAUUUUUAAGCUCUCGAAUCAUGUCUACUUUUCUCUCUUUAUAUUUUGAAGCAAAGAACAGUAUUUACAUCAUCUAGUAGCACUAGUAAUUAUUUUCGUUCUUUUUUUUUAUAUUCAGAUAACUUGUAUUAUAAAAUUACACUUUGCAAGACACUUAUGACAACAAUAACCAAAAUAUAUUUUUAA